AUGCGACGGCAACUUUCCGAGGACUCGAUCAGACUCGACCAAGGUAGGUUAGGUCUGGUUUGGUACUGUUUGGUAGGUAGGUGCGUGAUUAAGCUAGGUGCAGGUGGAUGACGGCGGGGAGAGGAGAGAGGGACAGCGCCAGAGCGCUAAGACGGAGAAUUCGACGGCCCAGUCGCGCAGCAGCCCCCGCAGUGGCACGCACGCCGGCGCUUUUUUUUUUUUGCAGUGGUCGUCAUCAAGAGCUCCGAAUAAACCGUUUGCGGGGAUCUUCCUCAGGAGCCAAAAACACUAAAGCGCAGAAUAAGCCGAGGGCAGACAUCACUUUUCAGGGAGCAGAACAAAGGGCCCGCGCAGAACAUCAACGCCACGAGCCCCACCGCCUUAACACCCCAACCCUCACCGACCAGCCGUAUCCUCCUAUCCUCACAGGGACUGCCAUCCCAAUCCGAGCACGCAAUGCCUCGCAAACGCUCGUUACACCAUGCGUCUGCGCACACAGUCAUCCGUGCGUUGCUCGCGUCCUCCACUCGAUUGUGGCUCCUCGUUGGGUGGUCAACUAAUCUGCUUUGGGUUUUUGGCAGAUAUGGCCUCUGCGACGAGCGACCAAACCGCGACAGAUCUGUCGGCCGGCACAAAGGACGGCCGCCAGGAUCAAACCCCAAACCGCAUUCGUGCGUUGGCCCCUGGCAUGCUUAGACAGGUGGAGAGUGAGUCCUCGACGACUCUUUAGCUGAUGUUCUUCACUUGUCUCGCAGUCAUCUUGAUGAUUUCUAUCAUCAUGAUCAUUGCCUUUGGAGGGCCGGAAUACCUCUACUACCACCUUUACGAUCGACCCCGCGCCUGCAUCAUUCAAGUCGGAUUUGGCGUUUGGGUCUUCGUGUGGGUGGUGUGUGCGGUAAUCUACCCACGCAACUUCGCGCGCCUCGAAGGAGCGCCUGAUACGCUGUGAGUGAUGAUGGCUUGCAUUUUAAAGCGCUAUGAUAGAGUAUCUGAUGCUAUUCGUGUGCAUUACCACAGGAAGGAUUGGGUUGUCGCAAUCGCGCUGCUCGGCUGCGCUGUCUCGGCGAUCGUUGUCGCUGUGACAUCGUGGCUUGGCCUGUCCCAAAUCGACAAGCUUAACGGCCUGCCCGAAACCAAGCUUGCCGCCACAAUGAAGCCGAUCUACAUUGCAGCAUCGGUUCUACAGCUCUUUACGGUCGGCACUGCCCUUGUGUUUCUCAUAUCCGUGGUUGUCGCCUUGUUGCGUCAAUCGGCCACCAAGUUCAUCAUAUACACGACUUGCUUUUUCGUUCGGCCGGGACAGCUCUACGCCGAGUUGAGAAUGAGGUACUUUGACUUGGGACCUACACCGGAGGCCGCUUCUACGCAGCAAAGAUGA